AUGGCUACCGCGAAACCUAAAACAGUGUUCUCCGACGAGAAAAAUCCUAGAGGAAUUCCAAAAGCGCCCUUUAUUGCAGAUGUCGAAGAAUACAUAGGCAGUCCUGACGCCAGCAUCGAGUCAACAAUGAAAGUCUUCCAAGAUGCACUGGCCAAGUACCGAUUCAUGGACUCCAGCCUAACCCAGCGACGCGCGAGCCUUGAGCAGAAAAUCCCGGAUAUUCGCAAGACGUUGGACAUGGUUGAAUAUCUCCAAGAACGAAGAGAGGGCAAAAGUAAAGCCAAAGACGACGAGGACGACCUAGACGAUCUUGAUGAUGAAGAAGAGGGAGAUGCUACGAAACCUCUUACCACGACAUUCGAGCUGAACGACACGUUAUACGCUGAAGCUGAGCUCGAAGAUACAGAUACUGUAUAUCUAUGGCUUGGGGCCAACGUCAUGCUGUCCUACAAAAUUCCAGCAGCCAUCACUCUAUUAAAGUCCAAACUAGACGCUGCACAGACAAGUCUGGACAACACAAUCGAAGACCUCGAAUUUCUACGAGAGCAACUCACGAUCAUGGAAGUCAAUACCGCGCGCCUUUACAACUGGGACGUCAAACGCAGACGGGAGAAGCGCGAAAGGGAACAAAAAGCUGUAACUGCAACUUCCACUGUAGUCACAAAAUAA